AUGCUGCUCGUGAAGACGAAGGCGGCCGCAGCGCCGCAGCCAAGUCGCGCGCCAGUGCCAGAGUCUUCUCCGAAGGAGUGGACCUCACCGAUGCACACGCACGAAGGCGCGGAACACUUGCCCACGGACGAGCCGGAUGUGCUGGUGCCGGCGCAUAAGUACGUUUACGAUGUAAAGACGUGUGCGUGGAAGGGAGUAGACACGAUGCUUCGCGUGCUACACCCGAAUCGCGGUUUGAGCCAGGGGACGAUGCGCGUGUGCUUCGCGUUGGAGGAGCUGGACGAGACUGGGUUCAGCUCCCAAAUGGUGGCGAAGAUGUUUCGCCAUAAUAUUUCAAGGGUGGUGGAGAGCGACUACUUCAACGAAGGCGAGGCGCAGUGCAUCUGCGGCAUUUUGGCGGAGAAGUUCAACAGGGUACAAGUGCCGGAGGGCUUUCAGCGGCACGUCGUCUCGUUCCUGCAGUGCGAGACGGUGCGCAUCAAGCUGAGCGAGGUGCCGGAGGCGUACCAGGACAAGCGAUCGGGCUUCUUCUCAUACCGCACAACGGACUCUGCCGACAUCCUCUUUGCAAUGGAGCCGCGCCUAAAAGGGAACUUUACCAAGUACACAAACAAUUUUGGUGACGUGUAUGAUGGCUUUGAGAAGCGGCGGACUUUGGAGGAGGAGACGAAGCGGCACCGCGUACUCAUGGCGGUAGAGGCCUUCUCGCACUUUACCCUGGUGGAGAGUGGUGGCUCGAUGCUCGUGUGCGAUCUGCAAGGCGUAAACGACUUCCUUACAGACCCGCAGAUUCACACGGUGGAUGGCAAGGGACUCGGCAUGGGCAACAUGGGGCAGGAGGGCAUCGACAAGUGGAUGGGGGCUCACGUAUGCAACGAGGUGUGCAGAGCCAUGAUGCUCGAACCGGUUUCCAAUGGCCUGAGAAACUUCCUGCGAACGGCAGAGAAUGAGAGUCGCGUAAGCUACUAUCAGAUUCUCCGGGCCAAGCUGCGCAGUCGAAACUCGGUGCGUCCCGAGGACAUCAUUCCGCUGUCAAAGCCGCUCUCUUUGAUGUCCGAUGAUGAGCGGUUGGAGUACGCCAUGCGGCUCUCGGCGCUGCUGUCGGGGUGA